CAAAUGAAAAUAAAAAUAUAAAAACUAAAGUUAAGUAUUUUCUAAAUGUUUUUAAACAUAAAAUAUAUACAUAUCCAAGCUAUUAUUUUAUGUUUUAAAAACAUUUAGAAAAUAUUAAAAUUUAGUUUCUAUAUUUUCAUUUACAAAACUGAUAUAUUAUUAUAUAAUAAAAAUAAUUCAUUUAUCAACCCGCGGUUCACCCGCGGUCGAACCAGUGACCCAACAACCCGGUAAAUCGUCCGGUUCAGUAUCCGGGUCGGGUUUAAAAACAUUGACUGGACUCCAUGUGCUGCACAUUGCAUUGAUCUAAUGUUGGAGGACAUUGGAGAAAUCCCAGCAUUGAAGAAUGCAAUGAAAAAAUGCAUGUUCAUGAAUGGAUAUAUCUACAGCCAUGUCCCUCUUGUGAACAUGAUGAGGAAAUUCACAAAGCAAAGAAAUCUGCACAGGCCGGCUAUAACAAGGUUUGCUACUUCUUGCAUAACCAUGACUCAGUUUCUCAAAUAGCAGAAGCUUAUAAGGGAUAUGGUCAAUUCUGCUGAAUGGAGUGAGUCUAAAUGGCCCAAAGAAGCUGGAGCAAGAAAAGUUAGACAGUAUCUUAUGCAAUCGAGUUUUUGGAAGAAUAUUCGACGUGCUCUGAAGAUUAUGACUCCUCUUGUCAACGUACUUAGGAUGGUUGAUGGAGAGAAAAAACCAGCCAUGAGAUACAUUUAUGCAGCCAUGGACAGGGCAAAAGAGACAAUCGAAAGGGAUUUCAACUGGAAUAAAGAGAAGUACGAAAAAGCCUUUGAGAUCAUUGACAAAAGGUGGCAGUGUCAGCUUCACCAUCACUUGCAUGCUGCUGGGUAUUUCCUAAACCCUUCAAUCCGUUACAAAUAUCACGAUGAUGUACGUUGCGCCGAAGUGGAAGGGGGCUUGUACAAUUGCAUUACUAGGUUGGUUCCAAAUACAGAGACUCAAGACAAGAUAAUGACAGAGUUGGAUUCUUUCAAGGACGCUUCUGGUAUCUUCGGCCACGACAUGGUCAUUAGGCAAAGAGAUAUCAAAGCACCAGCUGAAUGGUGGUCUUGUUAUGGAUCUUCUGCUCCAAAUUUGAGAAGCUUUGCUGUUAAGAUCCUUAGUCUGACUUGUAGUGCUACUGGUUGUGAAAGAAAUUGGAGUGUUUUCCAACUUCUUCAUACAAAGAAGAGAAAUCGCCUAGCACAACAUCCGCUGAACAACAUGGUUUUUGUGAAGUACAACAGAGCUCUAAAACGCAGAAGCUUGAGAAAUGUGUGUGCCACCAGAGAUCCUAUUCUUUUGGAUGAAAUUGAUGACAACAAUGAGUGGUUGAUUGGAAGAAUGGAUGGAGAUUCAUCUGAUAAUGAUGAUUUGGUGUGGGGAGAUGAUGAUUUGUCAUGGAAUGUUGUGAGCCAAGCUAUGGGUGUUGAAGAACCCAGUUAUUCUACUAGAGGAGUUGGAGCAAAAGGUGCAAGUUCAUCUAAAACAGAUAAAGGAAAAGGUAUUGCUAGCUCAAACCAGAAGCAAUCAUCUGCGCCUGCUAUGAGAUUGGUUGAUGAAGAAGAUGAGUUGGAAGAAGAUUUAGAUGAAGAUGACCUUGGGUAUGAGGAUGUUGAGUACGAUUAUGAAGAUGACAAUAAUGGUGUUUCUGAAGAUGAAUUUUAGGUAUUGGUUUUGAGUUAUUUAUUAUGAUAUUAUUUUUUGGUUUCUACAUUUGAGACUUUGUUUUUGGGUUUUCUUUUUGAAUAAUUUUGUUUUGGUUUAACUUAUCUUCAAAUAAUAAAGCUUGCAUCUUAUUUAAAUUUA